UGCAGCAGGACCCAGUAGAGCAGAGAUUCUUAGCUUGGGUUGCCUACUGGAAUCACCUGGAGAGCUUUCAAAGCACUGGAGCCUCAGUCUCUGAGGUUGUGUACAAUUGGUAUGGGGUAUGGCCUGGACUUUGGUGUUUUGUAAGCUCCCAAGUAAUUCUAAUGUGCAGCCAAGGUUGAAAAUCUAUACAGUAGAAGUAAGUUAUCAAUGCUUCACAGGUGCUAAGAGGACACAAAGAGAUCACACAGGAUCUGGUGGCUUAGGCACUGAGGGCUGGCAAGAGGGCUGGGCUGGGAGUAUGGAGAGACUCCGGGGCCUGUGUGAGAGGAGACAGACUGGGUGUCCCAGGCCAGGUGGAAGGAGCGGUGGGAGGGACUGUUGUGCUGGGGGUGGAGCCAGCUAUUGGGUGGGCGCCCUCAGGGCCUGCUCAUUGCCGGGUUCUGGUUCUGUCCUGUGCAGUAAAGCUCUGGUUUGGGUAACUUUGGAUUUUCCCUUUGGAGCUUGGGACCAAGGAAAGCACAGAGCCUGGGGGAGUCAGAACUGAAGACUCCAGCCCCAGCUCAUGGGCUCUCUACCUACUUUUCCAGCAGACAGUUCCCUCUUCCCUUGCCUGUCCCCCUACCCUAGACCCGGGAAAACAUGAAAAUGCUUCCAGAGGAGACUAUGACCUAAGCUUAUACACACUUUCUAAAAUAUUCAGUCCUGGGAGGGGCUGGUCUGGCAGUCCCAAGCCAUACUUUGAACACAGCCUUGGGCCCCCUGGGUGAGAGGCAUUUCCUAUGCUCUGGUUGAAGGGGUAGGAGUCUUUGGGCAAUGGGGAUCUUGACUUAAAAAAAAAAAAAGUACAACGUGAGAGCUGCGAGUUAAGUUUUAUUUGGGGCAAAAUAAGGACUGCAGCCCCGGGGGGACAGCGUUUCAGAUAACUCUGAGAAAUUGCUCCAGAUUAUUGUUAAAGAAAACCAGAUAUCUCAAGGAAUUUAGCGCUUUUCUAUGUAUGGGAAGAUGCAAGAGUCUUGGCUCACUGAAAUCAUUCAUUUGCUGUGCACCUCAGUUAUCUGGGGCCAGUAGCCUGACACAUCCUGGGUUUCCUCAGGGUUCACCACAGGGAGUGGCCGCAGUCUGAUGGCUGCUAGGUGGCAGGUGUUCUUUUCAGCCCUGAGUUUCCUCAGCUCACGUUGGAGGGCUGCAGUCGUUGACAACUGUGACAUCCUUUGUUUAUUGAUAUGGCAGGAAAUAGUUCAUUUCUCAGGGAGACAGGAGGAGGAGGAAGUUGAAUUUUGGCAGUGGCACCCACAUGGACUGCUUUAAUCCCACCAAAGGCCCGUCAUGGCCCUCAGAAUGAAAUCAACAAGACCUUCAAAUCCCAGCUCUGCCCACUGACUUCUCCAGCCCUCUGUGGCCUCCCCUUCUCCCAGUCAUUCUGAAAUUCACUGGGUCCUUGAACACAGUAUUUUUCAAAUGUAGGUAAAGAGCCACUAGGGGGUCUUAACAUUAAUUUAUUGUAAUGAGUUGAGAGUAGAAAAGGGUAAAAGGAAAAAGUAGGCAGAACUAGAACGGAGUAGAAAACAUCCAUCACAAAGGUAAGUCAGACUUUUGUUCUGUUUGUGCACAAAGGAGCAUGUGUGCAAAGUAUAAUGUACAGUGUUUCUUGCUGUAGAGCAGGUAAAAGUCUUUGCACAUUGCAAUCCCUUUUUGGGAGUAAGAUUCUGUCUAGAAGGGCCUUCUUGGCAGGUCUUCCUUUGGACUGAAUUAUUCGCGCUCUGCAAUUGCCGUAGCAUGCUAUACUUUUUGUGCACCGAGCACACUUUAAAAAAAUGAUUUAUUCAGUUGCCUGUCUUCUGCGCUUGCUGCAAGCUCAAUGAGGGCAGGGACCAUGUUCACCUAUCCUGGCCUCUGUCAUUAGAGAAAGCACUUGUGUUGAGUGGCUGAGUGAUAAACCCGGGUUCAGUUUCCAACUGUUUGUGUUCUUAGACAAGGUCUCUUUUUAUUUUUUCUGAUUUUUUUGUCUGAUUUAUAUACAGAAAACUUGAAAGAAUAGAAUAAUGAACACCCUAUAUAUCCUCCACUUAGAUGGACAGUAUUAACAUUUUUCCAUAUUAGCUUUCUAUCUAUAUGCUUUUUUUCUGAAUUAUUUGAAAGUAAGCUCAGAUAUAACCUUCACCCUAAAUACUAUGGCAUGUGUCUCCUAAGAGUAAGGUCAUUCUCCUACAUAAUCGCAACAAUAUUAACAUACCUAAGAAAAAUAAUUUAAUUCCAUAAUACCAUCUAAAAUGGACUCUGUAUUUAGAUUUUCCCUAGUUGCCCCAAGAAUGUGUUUUAUAGUUAGAUUAUUUCAAAUCAGAAAAAAAAAUCAAGGGUCACAUUACAUUUGGCUUUAUAUCUCUUUAGUUUCUUUUAAUCUAGAAUAGUUCCACUUUUUUUUUUUUUAAUGACAGUGACUUUUGGAGGAGUCAAGAAGAGUUAUCCUUUAUAAUUUUCUACAAAAUUGAUUUCCUUGUUUUACUCCGGUGGUAUUUAGCUUCCUUCUCGCCCCCCUGUAUUUUCUCUUAACUGAAAAGAGGUUUAGAGGCUUGAUGACACACACCGGUGAAUACCUCACAGGUGAUGUCUCCUUCAUACUGCUAUCACCUCAAGAGGCACACGAUGUCAGAUUAUUCCACCCCAAGUAGUGCUGUUUGUUCACUUGUUUAAGGUAGUGACUGCUAGAUUUCUCCUAUGUAAAGAUAUGUUUUCCUUUUGCAGUUAGUAAUUUGUGAGGACGAUAAACUCCAGCACCAUGUGAAGAAUCUGUUCCUUUAUAGCCUAAUGUUUUUAGUAAUCAUCCAUGAUCCUUUAGCAACCAUCCACGUGAUAGUUUGGGCAUGUUCUUAACCUGAAACUCAGUUUUUUCAUCUGCAGCCUGGGUAUAAUAAUGCCCAUGAUUUGGAUUUGAUGUGUAAGAAAGUAUGACGAUGCUGUCACGGUCUGCCAUAACUUCUCCCUUCUUCUGAGAACAUCUUUUAGAAAGGUGUUCUAAAGAUGUUCACUUCCUUUUAGAAAGUUUGUAUGCUGCUCCAGAUGAGUGGUCCAGAUCGCCGGCUUCUUAGAUGAUCCUACCUGCCUGGCCUCUGUGGGGCACAGCUGAGUCAUCUUCUUUGGCCAGAGUGGAAUGAGCUUUUGACCAGAGCUGAGCCAAUCAGAAUGCUUCCCUGGGAGAUUUCCAACCAAGUAGGGGUGGGAAUAGGGUGAAGAAGGUAUUCUUUUUCCCUCAGGUGGCUAAAUGUGAGGAUGUGAGUCUGGAAGUUGACUGUGUCCCCUGCCGCCUGGAGGAUGAUAGCCUAUGGGGUGGAGGGGAUCAAAACCAUCUGUCUGAGAUCAGGGCAGAGGGGGUCUCCCUGGCCUGGCUCCAGGCCUCCCCAGCUGUACUCUGCCCUGCCCCAGCUAAGCCAAUAAAGACCCUGUCUUGCCUGAGCGCUUACAAAUCUGGGGCUGAACCUUAGGACAGAUAGAAUCCUGACUAGUAAAAGGGGCUUUGCUAUGCCUCUCCCAUGAUAGGUGAUUCAAUAAAUUAGUGGUUCAUCAGCUCUCAUCCCUUCCUGUUGUCUUUGAAUAUGUGCUGGCCCUAGCGAAGAGGUGUGAGGAGGUGGCAGACAUGGUCCUGGCUUUUUAAAAUCUUAGGAGUUACAAAUGCGUUUCCUUGGUGGGCGUAGACUCAAAGCAAGGGGGGGCUGGUGACUUAUCCGGCUCCAAGUGUGGCCGCUCUUGCCACUCGAACCGGCCCCCCAGCCCCACCCCCAGGGCCAGGAGCCAGAGUGCCUGUCUUGGAAGAGCCUAAGUUUAAAAGUUUAAAACCAGCCCACGUGGUGAGAGGUGCAGUCAGCCUUAAGACGCGAGGGCAGAGAAGAGCGGAGGAAUAUGAGAAAACUGAUACCCAGGAAGGAGAAGUAACUCACCCAAGGUCAUCCUGCUGGUGAUGGCAGAGCUGGAAGCCGAAUUCAGAUCCGCGGACUUAAGGUUGCUCCAGCCCCCACUCUGUUCCGGGACUGCGGACCACCCCGGAGGCCAGGUUUCCCCAGCCGAGGGCCAGUUACCAAGAGCCUGCGAGUUCCUGUCUUUUUUCAUCCCUGAUUCUCCCCAUUGGCCUAAGCUGGGCAUGGGGCGCCCAGUGAUGCUGACAUUAGAGGACAAAGACAUGAAGGGGUUCACCUGGGCCAUAGCCCCUGCCUUGACCUCCCUGGGCUACCUGCUUAUACUGCUGGUCUCCAUCUUCCCCUUCUGGGUUCGUCUGGUGAAUGAGGAGUCCCAGGAAGUGUUUUUCAGUGGCCUCUUUGAGAACUGCUUCCAUAUCAAGUGCUGGAAGCCACGACCCUUACCUGUUUACAUCAUCGUGGGCCGUGUUUUCCUGCUGUCCGCUGUCAUCUUGUCUUUCCUCACCACCGUCGUCAUGGUGUCCUUUGCAUCUCGGCUCUUUCCGAGGACCCGGAAGCACAAUCUCGUGUCAGCCUUCAUCAGCUUCCUCACAGGGGCCUGUGCCUUCCUGGCCUUGUUGCUGCAUGCCCUGGAGAUCCGGAGUCUGCGGAUGAAGCCCAGCCCCCCGCAGUUCUUCGUGCAGUGGCCUUACUACGUCCUGGGCUUUAGCAUCCUUCUGUUCCUAGUGGCUGGUGCCAUCUGCCUCGUUCAAGAAACAGCCUGCCUUAGCUGUCAUUUGUUGCCCAUUUCCCAGAGUACUGAGGAGACCCAAGAGAUCUCGCACCUGGAAAACGUGGAGAGUUUGGGAGGAGAGCUGAGCUCCAUACAGAGGGAGACGCUGCUGAAGGAGGAAACAGUUAUCUAGACCAAGAUAGUCUGUGCCCUGCCCUUCAUCAAGCUGUGUGAGUGCACACGUGUCACUGUGUGUGGCUCCCCUGCCUCCACCAGUCUCUGCUACUUUUGAUGAGGCUCUUGAGUGUCAAAUCAACCCUCCACUUCCCCUACUCAAAGUGAUUCUAUCUUGCGUGUGUUUGAAAUUUGUUAAAAGUUUUCUGAAUUCUUCUGAGCUUUCUGAGUGAUUUUUUUGGACAAGUGUUUUCAAUAAAACGAUGACUACUGUCUGUUAAUCCAUGCCU